AUGCCCAAGCGCAAGCAGCAGCAAGAAGAGCCUGGCGAGCAGCAGGAACCGCCGGCUGCUGUCGCCAAGCGGCGCCGGUCGACAAGGGCCACGCCCAGCACAGCAGCAGAGAAACGAGCGGAGCCGCCAGCAGCCGCCGCUAAGCGCCUCCACGAUGCAGGCGCAGCGGCGGCGGCGGCGGGACAGGCGGCGUCUGACGAAGGCGACGCCGACGGCAGCAGCACCUCGGAGGGCGAAGCGGAGGAGCACAGCGGCCAUGACAACCUGUCCAGCGAUGUCCUUCGAGAUUCUAAGGAGGGUGGCAAGCGCUGGCAAGGAGUGUACCCGGAGGGCCGGAUCUUCGGGGCGGCAGCAUUUCGGGUGCGGGUGAGGAUGCCGCCGGAAGUGGGCGGAGGGCGCGGCAAGAUGCAGGAGCUGGGCACACACGCCAGCAGGCAGGCGGCGGCCCGCGUGCACGACCGCGCCCUCAUCGCCAUCAUGGGCCGCAAGGUGGCGGCGCCCACACUCAACUACCCGCUGGCGCACUACCCUGAGCGGGAGGAGCGCCAGCGCUUUGGGCCUGAGCUGCACGCGUACCUGCUGAGGCUCAGCAACGGGGCUGGGGAGGAGGGGUCGGAUGGGGAGCAGCAGGAGGAGAAGAAGAAGGAGCCACGCCCGUAUCGCGGCGCCACCGGGGAGGAGGCGGCGCAGCUCCGGCGGGAGGCGCUGCGCAAGGCAGGGGAGGUGCGGAGGGCCAAGCUGCGGCAUGGCAGCGCGCAUGCAGAGGCGCUGGUGGCCGCGCAUCGGGCGGCAGACCCGCUGUGGGCGCCGCCGCGCCAGGCCUGCGGCCCCUGGCGCAGCGACCUGGGCGGGUGCGUGCGCCUGGCUGCCAUGAAGGCGGCAGGGCACCAAGAGCAGCGGCUGGUGCGCCUGCUGGCGGCCAACCCCGGCUAUGUGGCAGCGCUGGAGGCAGAGAAGCAGCGGAAGGAGCAGGAGCAGGAGGGGCGGCAGCGGAGCCCCCCCAGGCAGCAGGCGCCGUCGCUGCCGCCGCAGCAGCAGCGACAGCAGCAGCAGCAGCAGCGUGCAAGGCAGCGUGCGCGGGCUGCAACGGCGGCCACGCCACCGCCGGCGGCUGACCUCGAGUGGUUGCAGCAGCCGGCCAGGCGCUCCCAGGCGACCAACCAGUCGCUGCGCAAGCUGCAAAAGGAUGCCAUGGCGCCGAUGCGGCAGCAGCUGGCCUGGGACCAGUCUCAGUUUGCUGCUGCUCUGGAGCAGGAGAGGGAGCAGGGCCCGCCCCGCGCCGCCGUGGGGACUGCCACGGCAGGCAGCCGCCCCAAGCGCCGCGGCGGCGGCGGCAGCAGCGCCGGCGGCGCCCCCGCUUCCUCCGUCGCAGCCGCCGCCGGCCAGGGGCAGCAGGCUGCCGACAUGGCGCUGGUGGAUCCCUUCAGCUGGCUGACCACAGCGCGCGCGCCGCGAGCCGCCAUCCAGGCCCAGAUUGAUCCGGCCGACCUGCUGCACCUGGCCGCACUGUGCCAGCAAGGGGGCAUGGCGGCGCCGCUGUCGGUUGAUCAGGCAGAGGAGGUUCUGGAGGAGGAGGAGGGGGUGCAGGAGAGCCUGCAGCGCCUGCUGAGGCGGCACCAGCGCCUGCAGCGGCAGGGGCAGCAGCAGCAUCAGGAGGCGGGGGCGAGUGACGAUGCCAGCGAUGGCGGGGAGCUGGAGGUGGCGGUGGGGGAGGGCGAAGGCCCCGGCCCCUGCCUCCUCUGCGGCUCAGCCCGGCACGGCCGCGACAUGAAGCGGUGCCCGGUGAUGCAGAUGGCGCUGGCUGUGCCCAAGCCGCGCAAAGAGUGCCCUGGAUGUGCCGACCGGGAGGUGCCGGGCUGCAAGCUGUGCCUGCACCGCUCGUCGCGGGUGGCACUGGCGCAGCCCUUUGUGCAGCGUGCGCCCUGGGUGGACCAGCUCGCGCCUGCAACCCGGCAGCUCAUGCUGGCUGUGCAGGAGCUGGCCAGCGCCGCAGUGGCGGACCUGGACGCCACCGCCGCCGCCUAUCGCUGCACGCCCAAAGCGCUGCUGGCGGUGGGGCUGCUGGCGGAGGAGGCCGCGCGGCGCGAGGUGGUGGCGCGCUUUGGAAGCGAGGCAGCGACGCCGGCGCCGGCGUGGGGCUAA